AUGUCGGACGGAAAGGACAAGAGCGCGAACCCCAUGCGCGAGCUGCGCAUCCAGAAGCUGGUGCUGAACAUCAGUGUUGGUGAGUCUGGUGACAGACUUACUCGUGCUGCCAAGGUGCUUGAGCAGCUGUCUGGUCAGACUCCGGUCUACAGCAAGGCCCGCUACACCGUCCGUACCUUCGGUAUCCGUCGUAACGAAAAGAUCUCCGUUCACGUUACCGUCCGUGGCGCCAAGGCUGAGGAGAUUCUCGAGCGUGGCCUCAAGGUCAAGGAGUACGAGUUGAGAAAGAGGAACUUCUCCGAGACCGGUAACUUCGGCUUCGGUAUCAGCGAGCACAUCGACUUGGGUAUCAAGUACGACCCCGGCAUUGGUAUCUACGGUAUGGACUUCUACUGCUGCAUGACCCGUCCCGGUGAGCACGUCGCCAAGCGCCGCCGCUGCAAGUCCCAGAUCGGUGUCAACCACCGCAUCACCCAGGGUGAGACCAUCAAGUGGUUCAAGAACCGCUUCGAUGGUAUCGUCCGGUAA